AUGAAAUCCCUUAUGCCCAAGAAAACUCAAACCUCGGGUGGUGCUGGUCGCAACCGCCCGCGAUUCAUAGAUGGACCUAAAGUUGGUCCGAGCAUUUUGGACUCUAUCACUACCGAUGAUCCAUCUCAACUCCAAACUUUCAACAAAAUCGAGACAAUUUCAAUCUCAACUCCUUCAUUUUUGAAUAAUUGUUUCAAUUGUUGGAAGAGAAUUACCGGCAAAGAUGUCUAUAUUUACAGAGGGGAAUCGUCGUUCUGCAGCGACAAAUGUAGAAAUGUGCUUAUUUCAGCGGACGAGGAUAAAGCAAGGAAAACCAAAAAACAAUCGAAGGUCGAUGAACAAGAAUAA